CGAUGAGCGCGGGGAGACGGCCCUCGUGCGCCUGCUCAGUGUCACUCCCCGGGAACCCCCGGGGGAUCCAGCCCUCAAAGAUGUGCUUGCAGCUGGCUCAUCACAGGCCAGUGUUUUUCCACAUUUAAAAAUUCAUGACCCAUUAAAAACAAUUAAAAAUACCCGUGCCCCUUUUGUAUUUUAUGAUGCAAAGGCCAUAGGCUCCUUUUCAUUUCCAAAUAUAAAAUUAUGAUACCAACUAUGCAUUUUCUUAGUGCACAGCCCUCCCUCCCCUAGUUGAGAAUCACUAUCCGCGUCCCUGAAAACCUAAAGCUAUGGUGUGAGAUGAAAGGAAUUGCCGGUAACACCAGGUCAGCAUCAGAGCCUCUAGGACCUCAGAGACUCUGCCCUUCCUGUCCUUCACACCUAGUCACCUGGUUCUGGAAAAAAAGGCGGCAGCCCACACAGGUGCUGCUCCAGGGGACAAGGAGGGAUGUCUCUGGCACAUAAUUAGCCUCCUAGGGUCCUGUCUGCCCGAGGUGUGAACAGAAUGAACAAUUAAUAAAACUCUGGCUCCUGGGAGCCAGGUCCUAGCUGGGGAAGUAGAAACAGGUUGUUUAACCAACAACUAUGCACAUUCGCACCCACACAGCCAAACAGCCUGUCUCACCUUCCCCUCCAGACCUGGGCACAGACAACAUCCACAGCCGGGCUCAGCACUCUGUCAGCGUCCCAAGUGGCUGAGCCACAUGUGCCCAGCCGCCCCCUCCUCCUUCCCCUGCCCCCCCCCCCGCCAGGAGGGCACUGCCUCUUUAAAACCCAGCUCUGAGGGUGGUGCUCGGUGGCACACAAAGGAUUACAAUUGUGGGUUUUUCCGUGGCCCUUUCCCAAGGAAAGGAGAGGAGCCGAGAAAGAUGGGAGGCUUGUCCUGUUGUGGCCACCAAGCAAGACCCUUGGCUGGCUAAUAAUGAGCUUGGGCACUAUUCCUGCCCGGCCUACUGCUGAACGCCUUACCCUCUUCCUAACCCAGCCCCAUGAGGCCUCUGGGGAGACUUCACCCCCUGGGGUAGUUCUGUGGCCCCCUCUCACGGUGCCAGGCUGAUGUCGCCUCUGGCUGCCCAUCAGCUGCCCUGUCCUUCCCCAGGCCCUCCGUCUUCUCCUGCUGCAAACCAUUGUUCUCAUGCCUCUGUUUUCUCCUCAUUUCCUUGUGGACAUGUUUUGUCCUCCAGCUUGACCACGAGCCCUUCGAGUGCAAAGAGAGCAUCCGUGUCCCCGUGACGGGUGCCCAAAGGACAGUUCUUCACACACAGGGCACUCACCAGCAAACCGAUUCACUUGCUGCCCACUCCCACCAGCCCCAGGUCAUACCCACAAGUCCCGCCUGUGUCUCUCUCUUAGCUACCACCCCGUGGCCUCCAUGCCAGAGAGCUUGCCCGGACCCCUGCUCUCAGUAUCACUGUGCAGUUUCAAUCCUGAGAGGCCUCCUUAUAGCUCCACCAGCUGUUAGCACCUCCCUGCAGCUGCCCACAGUCUGGGCCCCCUGCUGGAGGGUAGACAUUGGCAGGAUCCAGAGGAAAGUCUUAGGGGGAAGUAGGAUGUCAUUGGGUCACGACGCCUGUUGGAAAGGAAUCACGUGCUGGGGGACGGUGGUCCAGUGGAGUGAAGGUCCAGCCGAGAAAGCACUUGGAGGGUGUUGGUUUGACCCUGCUGCUUAGGAGAGCCCUGGGGCUUGGUCAGGAGAGCCCCGUCUUCUCUCCUUCCAACCCUAAGAGACUGAGGACUUCACACCUGAGGGGUCAGGGACCGAAGUGAGGUUCACAUCUGAGACUAUUAAUCCCUUGGAUUUCUCAUGUUGAGUGGGAAGAAACCAGGCUAUCUGCUUUUUCUGGGAGAUCGAAAGUCUCACUGGGGGAGUGUACUGAGGUCCCAGAAAGAAUUCAGCUCUGGAGCAUCUCUUCCCUGUAGCCGGAGAACUUUGAGCUUCCCUCCCCGUUAGACAGGCACGUCACUUCAGGCCAGAACAAAAACCGAGGUCGUUUGCAACUGCAGAGCUGGUUGGGAACGGGGCUCAGAUCAGCACAGGGAUGCCCUGAAUCCUCCCGCCCACAGCCCCCAUUGCCUUGGGGCAAGCUCUCCACUCCUCGCUCUUGGAGGGCUAUGUGGGACAUUGCUGUGUGCUGCGGCCCCAUGGCGACAGCGAGUAGAAGGGGUGAUCUGAAUGGCUCCCCACUUCCCUCUGCUCAACGUUCCUGCCACGUCAUCUUCUGUCUCUCUCUCUGGUGUCUGGUUGACCUGUUCUCUGCUUCUCCUCCUUCUGACUGCAUGAGGACCCCUCCUCUGGACAGGAGCUCUCUUCUGGGUUCCCGCCUGCCGCACCCGCUUGCGGCCGCCAACUAGGUGUCUACAUGCUGGGUGGAUGAGGCCAGGGCCAGUUCCACGCACUGCCUCUCCCCACAGGCCGAGCAUGCUGGGGUCCGCACCUACUUCUUCAGUGCCGAGAGCCCCGAGGAGCAGGAGGCCUGGAUCCAGGCCAUGGGGGAGGCUGCCCGAGUACAGAUCCCCCCAGCCCAGAAGUCGGUGCCCCAAGCUGUGCAUCACAACCACGAGAAGCCAGACUCUGAGAACAUCCCACCUAGCAAACACCACCACCAGCCGUCCCACAAUAGUGUCCCCAAGCCCGAGCCAGAGGCCAAGACUCGAGGGGAGGGUGACGGCCGGGGCUGCGAGAAGGCCGAGAGGAAGCCUGAAAGGCCUGAAGUCAAGAGUGAGCCUCUGGUGAAAGCCAACGGCAUCCAAGCCGGACCAGAACCAGCCUCAGAGCCUGGCAGCCCUUACCCUGAGGGCCCGAGUGUCCCAGGGGGAGGGGAUCGGCCUGCCCAGCCCAAUGGCUGGCAGUAUAGCUCCCCGAGCCGACCAGGGAGCACGGCUUUUCUGCCUCAGGACUCAGAGAGUGGGGGGCACCAGCGGAGCUUCCCCCCACGUGCCAACCCCGACAAAAUUGCCCAGCGCAAGAGCUCCAUGAACCAGCUUCAGCAGUGGGUGAACCUGCGCCGCGGGGUGCCCCCACCCGAAGACCUCCGGAGUCCCUCUAGGUUCUACCCUGUGUCCCGCAGGGUCCCUGAAUAUUACGGCCCCUACUCGUCCCAGUAUCCAGAUGAUUACCAGUACUACCCCCCAGGGGUGCGGCCGGACAGCAUCUGCUCCAUGCCGGCCUACGAUCGGGUCAGCCCACCCUGGGCCCUGGAGGACAAGCGACACUCGUUCCGCAACGGAGGCGGCCCUGCCUUCCAGCUGCGGGACUGGAAGGAGCCCCCGGGCUACGGGCGGCAGGACGGCCCAGUCUGGCUCCCCGGGCCCUCCCCCUCCCGGCAGCCAGUCUACUACGAGGAGCUGGAUGCCACCUCCGGCUCCCUGCGCCGCCUGACCCUGCAGCCCCGCUCCCACUCAGUGCCCCGCUCGCCCAGCCAGGGCUCCUACGGCCGUGCCCGCAUUUACUCCCCCGUCCGCUCACCCAGUGCCCGCUUUGAGCGCCUGCCACCUCGCAGUGAGGACAUCUAUGCUGACCCUGCUGCCUAUGUGAUGAGGCGAUCCAUCAGCUCCCCCAAGUAUGAUUACCUGGGAGACAGGCGGCCAGUCCCUGCAGGACUGUUCCCCUACAACUACCCACCAUCCCCUACGGUCCACGAUAAGAUGAUGAGUGAGAGCGAGACUCUCAUCAGUAUGGUGAACCGAAUGGUGGAGAACUCCUCCCCCAGGGCCCAGAUCUUCAUGCAAGUCCCUCCAUACCCAGAAGUGUUCCGGGACGGCCUCCACACUUACAAGUUAAACGAGCAAGAUACAGAUAAGCUGCUGGGCAAAUUGUGUGAGCAGAACAAGGUGGUGAGGGAACAGGACCGGCUGGUGCAGCAGCUCCGAGCUGAGAAGGAGAGCCUGGAAAGUGCCUUGAUGGGGACCCACCAGGAACUGGAGAUGUUUGGAAACCAGCCUGCCUACCCGGAGAAGUUGCUGCACAAGAAGGAGUCCCUGCAGAACCAGCUCAUCAACAUUCGGGUGGAGCUGUCCCAGGCCACCACGGCCCUGACGAACAGUACCAUAGAGUAUGAGAGCCUGGAGUCAGAGGUCUCUGCUCUGCACGAUGACCUCUGGGAACAGCUCAAUUUGGACGUUCAGAAUGAGGUGCUCAACCGGCAAAUCCAGAAGGAGAUCUGGAGGAUCCAGGACGUGAUGGAGGGGCUGAGGAAGAAUAACCCAUCCCGGGGCACAGACACAGCCAAACACAGAGGAGGACUCGGCCCCACGGCCACCUACAACUCCAACAGCCCCGCCAGCCCUCUCAGCUCCGCCAGUCUCACCAGCCCCCUGAGCCCCUUUUCUCUGGUGUCCGGCUCACAGGGGUCCCCCACCAAGCCUGGGUCCAGUGAGGAGCCUGGCCCGCCACGGCCCCCCCUCCCCAAAGCCUACGUCCCCCUGGAGUCUCCUCCAAAUGUGCCGCCACUCCCUAGCGAGAGCCGCUUCUGGCCACCCCCCAGCUCCCCUUCCUGGCACCGCAGUGGCGAGCCAGCCAGGGGUCAGCCCAAGGCAAGCUAUGAGCAGAGCAAGAAAGACCCCUACCAGACAUCACCCCUGGACACCACUAGAGACAUCAGCCUUGUGCCCACCAGGCAAGAGGUGGAGGCAGAGAAGCAGGCAGCUCUCAACAAAGUUGGCAUUGUGCCUCCUCGGACAAAGUCACCCACUGAUGAAGAGGUGACUCCAUCAAGGGUGGUGAGGAGGAGUGCUAAUGGACUUACCAACGGACUGUCCUCCCGGCAGGAGCGCCCCAAAAGUGCAGUGUUCCCCGGCGAGGGCAAGGUCAAGAUGAGCGUGGAGGAGCAGAUGGAUCGCAUGCGGAGGCAUCAAAGUGGCUCCAUGAAGGAGAAGCGGAGGAGCCUGCAGCUCCCAGCCAGUCCAGCCCCUGACCCUGCCAGCCGGCCCACCUACAAAGUGGUGCGCCGUCACCGUAGCAUCCAUGAGGUGGACAUCUCCAACUUGGAAGCAGCCCUGCGGGCAGAGGAGCCUGGUGGGCAGGCCUAUGAGACACCGAGAGAGGAAAUUGCCCGGCUUCGCAAAAUGGAGCUGGAACCCCAGCACUAUGAUGUGGACAUCAAUAAGGAGCUCUCCACGCCAGACAAAGUCCUCAUCCCUGAACGGUAUAUUGACCUGGAGCCUGAUACUCCCCUGAGUCCCGAGGAGUUGAAGGAAAAGCAGAAGAAGGUGGAGAGGAUCAAGACACUCAUUGCCAAGUCCAGUAUGCAGAACGUGGUGCCCAUCGGCGAGGGGGACCUUGUGGACGUGCCCCAGGACUCAGAGAGCCAGCUGCAGGAGCAGGAGAAGCGGAUUGAAAUCUCCUGUGCCCUGGCGACCGAGGCCUCCCGCAGGGGCCGCAUGCUGUCUGUGCAAUGUGCCACCCCAAGCCCUCCCACCUCCCCUGCUUCCCUGACUCCACCAGCCAACCCCCUAUCGUCUGACUCCCCACGGGGCGCCGACAGCAGCCAUACCAUGCGGGUCUGAGCUCUGACUGCAAGCCCUGGCCGAGGCCAACGCCAUGAAGCUCCACAGAGCCACGUUCUGAAGGUCCCCUCUGCCUACUGAGGUCCUGACUCCCCAGCCUGGCCCCCCCGCCCCUGCGCUCCUGUGGGAAUGCUGCAGGGAGCCAGGCUGGGGCCAGGGUUGCUGCCGAGACUUACCUCAGUGUCCACAUGCCCACCACGCCUGGCCCUGAAGCCCUUGCUACUCAGAUGGCAGCACCAGGCCAGGGCUUGAGAUGGUGGGCAGAGAGCACCCUCCCAGCGGGCGCCUCCCGGGGGCUAGGCCUGGCCCCAGCUGGUGGUGCGCUGGCCCUACUAGAACAUUUCCUGAGGAAGAGGAUGCCCCGGUGGGAAAGAUGCUCUGGGCUGUCUUGGGUUAGGUCUAGAGUGAAGAGAAGACGGACACUCCUGACAUCGAGGACAGCACGUGCCAGCAGGUCCUUCCCCCGUCAUUCCCAUCCUGCCACCCCAGCUGUACCGGGGGCUUUGACACAUCUCUGCUCGUGGGUGCUCCUUUGGGGUCUGGUGGAGACCGACCACCCUGCUUGAGCCAAAGACAAGAUGACCAGUGACGAGGAGAGGCUCCUCGGCUCCCAGAGGGGACAGUGCUGGCUGUAGGUGGAGAGCGGCACGCAGGUCUGUGCAGCGUCUGAGGACAGGUUGAGAAGGGGGAGAAGAGAGAAAGAGAUGGAGGCAAGUGGGAGGACAGGGAAGCAGUGGGACUCGUUUGCAAGUGAGAGGAUGAGACAGAGGUGGAAAGGGGCCGUGGGAUUGGUUUCCCCAGGAUGGAGCGUUAGCUUAAGUGCCAAGUACGUGCCGGAUGCCAGCUCUGCUCCCCCACCUGCUCUCCCGGAUCCACCGGCCUGCCCACACUGGCUCUGAGAGGGCCCACCAGUGAGCACAUGGUGGCCUGCAGCAGCAGCCGUGGGGACAGUUGUGGGGAGGCUGGUGUGGCUGAGUGGGUCGGAGAUGGCCCUUCCUGGGUCUGGGCCUGGUGUGUCUGCCUUCCCCUCCUAGGCUCGGGGGCAGAGAGAAGGACCUGUGUCAUGUAGGGUGUAGUCAGCCUUGGGGCCUUUCCUAACCCUGUUUGGGACAUUUUCUUGUCCGCCUUGCCCCUGGAAUGUGCCGUGGGCCAGCUGAGAGGGUGCCCUUGAAAGGAAAUGCAACCUCAGUCUGCAAGGCUAGGGCCUUGCAGGGCCCCAUCCUGCAUCGUGAGCAACCCCUCGGAGGACCAGGUGAGGCUGUACGGAAGGACUCCCUUCUGGCCUGGCUUUCUCACCAUCUGCCUACCCGGGGAGGCCGGUGGAGGAGACACAGAAGCAAAGAUUGUUUUUCCUUCUCGCCGCUCAUCAUGGGAGGACUGUAGCCAGAGAGGAGGGAGGGGAGAGUGAGACUGGAAAAACCUGGGCCCCAAGGCCAGCUCUUUGCCAGAGUUGCUGCCGGGAGACUUCAACCUCCAGUGGUCGCAAGAACAACUGCUUUAUCUGCCACCAGUUCUCCUCCACGCCUUCACAGCCGGGACGGUUACUGGUUCAUAUGCAAGUAAAGAUGGCAAUUCAUUCAACAAAUAUUUACCGAGCACCUUUUAUGUACCAGGCACUGUUCUAGGUACUUCGGGUAUUCUCGUGCUUCUGAGGGGUUGCAGGCUGGGGAAUUUCACUUUUUAGCAGAUUUUUUUGAACAUGACCUUUGGCUACAUUUCCCAUCUUUAACGCACAUGAAGCACCCCAAACCUGUUUUUCCCUCCCCCCACAGACUGGCAGGUGGGAUUGGCCCUCUCCCUCUUUCCAACACCCUCCUCCCUCCACAAGAAGCAGCUGUUUCAGGGCCUCCAUGCCUUCCCCUUUCUUUGUCUGUCUCCUUUUUUUUUUUUUAAGUGAUAUUUUUAGAAAUACGUGCAAAAUACCAAGGGUUAAUGUCUGCACCUCUACACUUCUCUCUCACCUCUUAUUUCAUAAAGCUGGCUCUUUAUGUUGCUUUACAUGCCUUAAUAUAUGUUUUAUGAAGAUUAUACAUAUUAUAGAUAUAUACCUAAUAUAUAUAUUUGUUUGGACGUCUGAUCCUUUCCCAGAACUCCUGCCCAGGCCACUUCCCUCCUUGAUUUUCCACACCAUUCCUAGCAUGUUAUGGCCACACCCCAUGCCUUUUGAUCCAAAGAAGGGGAGAGGACAGACUUAUUUUAAGACAGAUCUAUUUUACGCUUUUGUUAUAAAAGCAAAUCUAUUUUCGAAAUGUGCAAUGUCUGAAUGGAAUCAGCAAAUGAUACGAAGAGACUGGGUGGCUGCCUCUCGGUCCAGCCCUACGUCCCUCCCUCUUCCCUGGCAGCUUCCUUCUCCCAUCCCCCAGUCUGCAAAGGGCUGGUCCCCAGAGCUCGCCCAGAGAGCAUUUUACCAGGGCAGGACGUUCUCUUGGAAGUCCUGGUCCAAGGAUUUGAUUACACUGUCAACUCUUGAUGAGCCCCUCGGGUUACGGGAUGUGAAUCCUCUCAGAGGAAAUGUUUACAGCUGUGUGCACAGAAGUACACCCGU